AUGUCGGAAAAUACGGAGGUUGGAUCCUUAAAGGUGACAGCUUUUCUUUGGGGAGAAAUUUUGGUUGACUUGUCCGGUAGGGGCCAGCAGAAAUUUGGCGACAAUUGUUUGACGGACAAUGAGUGCGGCUUUGCUGGGUCCUAUUGUGAACCGAAGAAGAACAAGUGCGCCUGUAAGGAAGAAUUUGAGGCUACGAAUCAUAUUGACAAGUGCGGACACGCGGCGAAUGUGAACGAGUCCUGUUUCUUCCGCGAGCAAUGCGAGGUGCGAGUGCCGCAAACGGAAUGUCGCGAUGGCAGAUGCAUUUGCCUCUUCGAAAAGAUUCCAGAGAUGCAGCCGGAUGGUGCAAUAAUCUGCGUAGCCGAAGUCAAAGAGCCAACCAAUCUCCGGUACAUCGAUCCGGCGAUGAUCGGCGUUCUCGUUGGCAUGGCACUGAUGUUCGUUAUCAUUUGCGUCGUUCUUAGACUCUUCAGCAAGGCUCGCUGGCGGGAAAACCGUACCAUCUUUAACACCCCCAACGCGCGGCUAAUGAACGUCUCGUUGCUGAGAGAGAACAAGCUUUUGCACGCUCAAGAGAGACGUGGUUCGAGGACAAGCGUACGAGCUCCGUCGAGGCAACCUUCGAUGGCGUCCUUAAGGGCUCACUCGCCGAACGCCUCGCAAGGGUCACGCACAGGAUCGCGACGUGGGAGCCACAACAGUAGCGGGAACGCUUCAGCCAGCUCGAUGAAAUCUAACAAAUCGCCGAAUCAUACGAACAACGUCACCGACCCGGUUCUGGAAAACGUCACCGUCGAGAUUCUCGACGCAAAGGCAUAAGAUAGGAUCGUCUUAGCACAAACAAUCUUGAUCGGCAACAUUCCCGUUUAUCACUAGUAUAUCACCGCGUAGAUUAACGCGCGGCGCUACAUCGCCGUCCGUAAAUAUAUCUUGAAUCAACUAUAAAUAAAAUUGGCCCCUUCAGGUGUCCGUUCAGCGGUUGAAGGGACGAAAAUUAAACGUUCGAUAAUGCAAAUAUCAUCGGUAAAACUACUUCGCCUAGAUAAAUCGCGACGAAAUACCGACGAUUCGAGUCCGACAUUAAGAUCUGGAUAAGGUAUAAAUUAUUAGAAAUUGCGGGAUCGCCUAAAGUAUCUAGUUGCUGCUUUAACAAUAGCAGAGGAACCAUCUGAUUAGAUAGUCCGAGAAAUCCUUUCGGUGUGUUUCUCUUUUGAUAUAACUCGAUAUUCCCUCUAUGUAUCUAAUAGAACGUAAUUGAGAAAGAAAGAUCAUCAGAACAUUGAUUUUUUUAUUAAUUUUUUUACUCGCCGAGAUAGACAAUGUUAAAUUGAAAAAACCGUUUCAGAAAAAAUAGAAGAGAAGUAGGCUUAUUGCAAGAUAGAUACAAACUAUUAAAAACACCUAUUGGCCUGUUUUUAAUAAUAACAGCUAAAUAACUAAACGAUCAUUGAAUGACUACAACAAGUUUGGAUUAAUUGAUCGUGUUUGCUUGAUGAAAUAUUAAGGAACCGUUUCAAGAACAAAGUUUCGUUGACAAAAAAAAUUGAUUGCACACAUUGCGAUUUUAAUACGUACGUUAAAUUACGAAAUAUCGUAAGAGGAUAUUUCGAGAGAGAGAUUAUUUGAAGAACAUUAUUCAAAUAGAUAGUUAGUUGAUGCGAUAGUAGUGAAAUUUAAAGUUGAAAGAGACGAAAAUCAUCAUCAUCAUCAUCAUAUCUCUUUAUAUCUCUUUGUGACAAUUCUAUUAUUCGUCCGACUAUCAGUGCGGUUUCUCGCCCGCACUGAUUCGCUUCAAUCAAUUUUAGAAAUUAAAGCGCGCCGUUGCAACGUAACCGUUGCGGCGACAAUUAUCGAAACCCACCCCUGUAAACGCAAACGCCUUUCGGACCAAGCGGUUUCGGUACCAAGCGCAUUCGAUCGUUUUGUUUAACGAGGACGUAUACAAUUACGUAAUUGGUAUCGUUGUAUGCCGAUGCAUGUUAGAGUCGCAUAGAGGAUAGAGCGAUACAUCGCUCGCGGAAUAUCCAUAUACAUAAAGGACACAUGGAGAUGCUACGUACGAUAUGUACGAUAUAACGCAUCACGGUUCGUUAAAAAAGAGAGAAUGGAGAAUAGCAAUUUGCAAUCGGCUGAAUUGUUGGUACCAUAUAGUAUCCCCGUAUAGUAUUAAGAGAAAAGCAUAAAAA